AGGUGACGCGUCAGCUGUAUAUCACACACUUCAUCUUUGUCAUCUGGUUGUGCCCUUUAAUUUUCAGUGACGCUCUCCCGCCAUCUCUAAAGCAUACCCGCCUUUCCGAUAACAUGCACCGCCCCGCAUUUUAGCAUUGGCCCUUAAAAUUCAAAUCCCCUUCUCUCGGUCGCCUACGGCGGAACUAUCUCCUCCGAACUACCGAAAAUAAAAAUCGCCCAAGUUGGAUUAAUUCGAGGCUAGGGUUAGGGUUUUAAGGGAUAACCCGAUGGGAGGAAGCAAGGAGACGGAGGCUCUCAUUAAAACCGUUCAAUCAAUCGUCGGAUUAGAGCAUUCCGAGAUGGACAUAAUCAGAGCCCUACACUUGGCCAAAAACGACGCCAACGCUGCCAUCAACAUAAUUUUGGACUCGCCUCUCAAUUUAAAGCCCCGAGAGAAACAACCUGAACCCGAGACUCGACAUUCGAGCUCCCAUACGACGUCGGUUAGUGUGAAGCCGAAGAAAACGGGUAAAGAUUGUAAGAAUUCUAGUUGUAGUAGUAAUGGAAAUGUUACUUGUGGUGCAAGUAUUGUGGAAGAUGAAGAGAAUGUUACGGUUGAAAAUGACUGGUGGCUUGUGGGCUCCAGCGAAGUACCCGGACUUUCAACGAGUAAAGGGAGGAAAGUGAAGGCCGGGGAUGAAGUUUGUUUCACGUUUCCAUUAAAGCGUAGCAGCCCGAGUCCGGCUGGGCCAGUGGGGAAAGGUUUUGGGAGAGGAAGGCUAGCGGCAGCGGCUUGUUCAGAGAUUGUUAGGUUCUCUACCAAGAACUCUGGGGAGAUUGGUAGAAUACCCAAUGAGUGGGCACGAUGUUUGUUGCCUCUUGUGAGGGAUAAAAAGGUUAAAGUUGAGGGACAGUGUAAAUCAGCUCCGGAUGUGUUGGGUAUUAUGGAUACUAUUGUUUUAUCUUUAAGUGUGUACAUUAAUAGUUCCAUGUUACAUAAGUAUCAGCAGACUUCACUCAAGGCAGCCAGCACUUCCACUGAGGAAUCUGUUGUUCACCCUCUCCCAAAUUUGUUCCGGUUGCUUGGCUUAACCCCCUUUAAGAAGGCAGAAUUAGCUCCUGGUGAUUUGUAUACAAAGAAGCGACCCUUGGAAACAAAGGAUGGUUCUGGUCUUCAUACCCCAUUGUUACCUACAAACAGGUUUAAGAAUCAAUCUCAAAGUGGAAUUGAGGUUGAAAAUGAGGAGUCCAUCUCUGAUGCUGAUCUUGAUAAUAUUGUUGGUGUUGGAGAUAACUCUGAGUUAGAGGAAAUGGAUCCCCCUGGCAUUCUCCAGUGUGAACUUCGUCCUUACCAAAAGCAGGCCCUCCACUGGAUGAUUCAGGUGGAGAAGGGACAUUGCUUGGAUGAGGCAGCUACAACCCUUCACCCUUGCUGGGAAGCGUAUCGCUUAGCAGAUAAGAGGGAGCCUGUUGUAUACUUGAAUGUGUUUACUGGUGAUGCUACAAUAGAAUUCCCAAGCACAAAUCAAAUGGCUAGAGGAGGAAUUCUGGCGGAUGCUAUGGGGCUUGGGAAGACAAUCAUGACAAUAUCCCUCCUAGUAACCUAUUCAGAAAGAGGUGGUUUAUCAGAUAGUCAAUCCCCAGAUCAGUCUUCUGAUCAAGGUGGUGAAGUCAGUAAUAUUUUUGGCCAAUCACCAAAUUCCGUGAAAAAUGCAACAAAAUUCCCUGACUUUGAUAUGUUGUUGAAGCAAAAGAACAAACAUGUAAAUGGGGGCAAUCUGAUCAUAUGUCCUAUGACUCUUCUUGGCCAAUGGAAGGCAGAGAUUGAAACUCAUGUGCAACCAGGGUCUUUGUCUUUAUAUGUUCAUUAUGGACAAAGUAGGCCAAAGGAUGCAAAACUUCUUGCGCAGAAUGAUGUUGUAAUUACUACAUAUGGAGUUCUAGCUUCAGAAUUUUCAGCAGAGAAUUCUGAAGAUAAUGGAGGACUAUACUCAGUUCAGUGGUUCAGGGUUGUUCUUGAUGAAGCACAUACCAUAAAGUCCUCUAAAAGUCAAAUUUCCAUGGCUGCCACUGCUUUAGUUGCUGAUCGUCGCUGGUGUCUCACUGGCACUCCAAUCCAGAACAAGCUGGAGGAUUUAUACAGUCUUCUCCGGUUUUUGAGGGUGGAACCUUGGGGAAACUGGCCCUGGUGGAACAAACUCAUUCAAAAACCAUUCGAGGAGGGUGAUGAGAGAGGGCUAAAGUUGGUUCAGUCAAUCUUAAAGCCAAUCAUGUUAAGGCGAACAAAGUGUAGCACAGAUAGAGAUGGCAAGCCAAUUCUAGUUCUCCCUCCAGCUGAUGUUCAGGUGAUUUACUGUGAGCUCACUGAAGCUGAAAAAGACUUUUAUGAAGCCCUAUUUAAAAGAUCAAAGGUGAAGUUUGAUCAAUUUGUUGAGCAAGGACGUGUUCUUCAUAAUUAUGCUUCUAUUUUGGAGUUACUUCUACGUUUACGUCAAUGUUGUGAUCAUCCAUUCCUUGUGAUGAGCCGGGGAGAUACACAAGAUUACUCAGAUCUGAAUAAGCUAGCUAAACGAUUCCUUAGAGGUGGCCAGAAUACCCUGGAAGGGGAAGCCAAAGAUUUGCCUUCGAGGGCAUUUGUUCAAGAGGUGGUUGAAGAGCUGCGCAAGGGGGAACAAGGAGAGUGUCCAAUAUGUCUUGAAGCUUUUGAAGAUGCUGUACUGACUCCAUGUGCUCACCGCUUAUGCCGUGAGUGCCUCUUGGCAAGUUGGCGAAAUCCAAAUUCUGGUUUAUGUCCUGUUUGUAGAAAAACUGUUGCUAGGCAAGAUCUUAUUACAGCCCCAACUGAGAGUCGGUUCCAGAUUGAUGUUGAGAAAAAUUGGGUGGAGUCAACUAAGGUUGUUGUUUUGUUGAAAGAACUUGAAAAUCUUCGUUUGUCAGGCUCUAAGAGCAUCUUGUUCAGCCAGUGGACUGCAUUUUUGGACCUCUUGCAGAUUCCUCUUACUCGGAGUAACAUUCCCUUUCUUCGACUGGAUGGGACUUUGAAUCAACAGCAGCGUGAAAAAGUAAUAAAACAAUUUUCAGAAGAUAGCAACAUCAAGGUGUUGUUGAUGUCAUUGAAGGCUGGUGGGGUUGGAAUUAACCUAACUGCAGCUUCCAAUGCCUUUGUCUUGGAUCCAUGGUGGAAUCCAGCUGUAGAGGAACAAGCUGUCAUGCGCAUCCAUCGCAUUGGGCAGACUAAAAGAGUAGCAAUCAAAAGGUUCAUUGUCAAGGGAACAGUGGAGGAAAGAAUGGAAGCAGUGCAAGCACGCAAGCAAAGGAUGAUAUCCGGUGCCUUAACUGAUCAAGAAGUACGAACAGCCCGUAUUGAGGAACUGAAAAUGCUUUUCACUUAAAAACCAUUUAAGAAGAUGCAGAUCUUUGUUUCACUUCUCUUGUAUGGAUAUACCCAUAGCUUUUAUAAUUCUUGAAAUCAAGUAUUUUGGGACCUCGCAAUCUUGGAUGGCACUGGGGAAGCAGGUGGACUUUGGAGCAUAAUGAUUCAACGUGAUUAAAGUUUUUAGCCAAGAUUGAGGGCUGAUCACAGCUUAAGCCAUAGAGAUGCUAACCAUGUGUUGGUCAGGGUUACUAAUUUUUUUAUAAUCUGGGCGUUAAAAUUUAGGGAUUAAUGACCUAUCCAUGGGCCAGUAGGUGCUUUGUAUAUAGCAGAACGCAACCUCUGGCAUGUAAAAGAUGAAACCAGUACGUUUUAAGUUCAGGUUCAUUAUAAUGUUGAUUCAAUGUAGCCACUAGUGUAUUAUUAUUA